CUUUAUUUCCCCACUUUUUUUUUCUAUUAUUGUCUAUAUUAUCAAUAACCUUGAUCUUUUAUAUUUUUUCAUAACUAUAAAAAUAAAAGAAAAAGUAAUUUGGUAGUUUGUUGAUUCUUUCUCCUUUCAACUUUUUUUUUCUCUCUCCCUCUCUUUAUCUCUCUCUCUCUCUAUCUAUAUUCUCUUUUUACGCCACUCUUCCAAUCCACUAUUAUUAUUAUUAUUAUUAAUACAUAUUCUACCAAUGCUUAUUCUCAAAUACAAUGAAUUACCUGCCCAUGAUUUGUUUAUCAUUGAAAGGCAUCUUGUGCGAUGGUUAGAUCACAAAGGACCCAAGAUUACACCAGAAUGGCAUGUGUUGGAUCUCAGUCGCACGGACUUGUAUGGUCAUUUGUUAGGCAUCUUUGCUCAUCUAAAAGUGUUUGACACUCUUAAUAUCACUCCUUCACAGUUACUUGAUUUUUUGAUUGAUGUUGAUACUGCUUAUCUUCAUACUCCUUAUCAUUCAUUUUUUCAUGCUGCUGAUAUUGUGGUGAUGUUAUAUUAUAUCUUGAUGGAAUUGGAUGGACUUAAACAACUUCAACCUAUCGAUAUGCCUCGUCUACUGAUUGCCGCUUUAUGUCACGAUAUGGGUCAUCCUGGAUACAAUAAUCUUUAUCAAGUCAAUUUCAAGACACCUUUGGCUCAAAGAUACAACAAUAAAUCUGUAUUGGAAAAUUAUUCAGUAGAUAUUACGCAAGAUUUACUGAAUAAACACAAACUAUUUGACAAUGUAUCAUAUGAAUGGAAGGAUUCUAUCAAGCAACUGAUCCUAUCUACUGAUAUGGUAUAUCAUUAUGAAUUACAAGAAAAGGCUGGUGCUUUGGAAGAACGUCUUUUAUCGUCAAGCCAAUGUCAUGAUUUUUGCCGGAUCAUCCUUCAUGCUGCCGAUAUUAGUAACACAGUACGUCCAUGGGCCAUUUCCAAGCAAUGGUCAGAUUUAAUUGUUCAAGAAUUUUUUCGUCAAGGUGAUGCUGAAAAACAAGCAGGUCUCUCCGUAUCUCCUGGUAUGGAUCGUGAUGAAUCAAAUCAAGCCACUAUUAGUCUCAAGUUUGGUGAUUUUGUUGUCAAGCCCUAUUUUGAAGCCCUUGCAGGUCUCCUUCCCAAAUGCCGUGUGUUCUUGACGACAUUAGCCGACAACCGAAUGGAAUGGAUGCAGCUUAAGGAUAACCCCAUGACAAUGGCCCUGACACCCCCUCCUCCUCCUCAUGAACGCCACUUUCCUUCAAGAUUACUUCCUUCAGUACCUGUUCCUAAUCCUUCUGGUCGACGAGUUAGUGUACCUGCUGGAAUAGUGAUUAUUCCUGAUCAUCAUCAUUGGCAAAAACAACGACAAUUGAAUAAACGACGUUAUCAUCAAAUAUAUCAUCAUCAUAGACGACAUCAUCAUCGAAUCAAUAAAUUUAUUUGGUCAUCUUCUCAACAAGUUCGACAACGUUUUACAAUCCGUAGUGCCAGUCAUCCCAUUGUGAUUCCAGAUUUACUUUUUCGGCAUUCUGAUUCCACUACAUUGAUUGGUACAGAUCAUUUAUCUCAUAGAUUUGAAGCUCAACGGAAACACAGUGACGGAUCAUCUGAAGAAACCAACAACAAUGAUAGUGUCAAUCUUAUUACUUCCUUGGAACAAUGA